CUCCCUUCCUAGACUGUAACGGGAACCUUAAGCUUCUCUUUCCCCUCCUUAUCGUUCUCCUCUUCUUCAGCUUCAGGCGUCAUCAUGUCGUGUCGGUCUUAUAUACCCACCGUCUAUCAUCCGGCUCAAGAGCGGCUGCUGUCCCCUCUUGCUCACGGAAUGCCUCUAUUCCUGUUGAAUUGAGUGCUUUGCUUUUGCUUCUGUUUAUCUGACUUCAUCUACAUCUACUUCCAUCAUGCGUCCGUCUAUGGAUAAUGCCGACGAGGCAUUGGCCCGAAUGGGCUACCAGAGUGAAUUGCCCCGGAAUCUGAGUAUGAUGAGUAUCUUGGGUUUAUCAUUCGCCAUCAUGGCCGCCCCCUUCGGUUUGAGUACCACCCUCUACAUCACCCUCACAGAUGGCCAAGCUGUCACCGUCAUCUGGGGCUGGGUUCUCGUCACCCUCAUCUCCAUUGGCAUCGCCGCUUCGCUGGCCGAAAUCUGCGCCGUCUAUCCAACCGCUGGAGGCGUUUACUACUGGAGUGCCAUGUUGUCGACUAAAAAAUGGGCGCCCAUGAUGUCUUUCAUCGACGGCUGGUUGACUCUCGUUGGAAACUGGACCGUCACGCUGAGUAUCACCUUCUCGGGUGGUCAGCUUAUCCUGAGUGCCAUCUCGUUGUGGAAUGAGGACUUCGUCGCCAAUGCCUGGCAGACCAUUCUCAUGUUCUGGGCUGUCAUCUUCGUCUGUGCUAUGGUGAAUAUUUUCUUGUCCAAGUACCUCGAUCUUAUCAACAAGGCCUGUAUUGUGUGGACGGCAGCUAGUGUGGUUAUCAUCCUGGUUACGCUAUUGACCAUGGCGGAUGAUACUCGAAGAAAUGCCAAAUUCGUUUUUGGUCACUACGACGCUUCCCAAAGCGGAUGGCCUUCUGGAUGGGCGUUUUUUGUCGGUUUGUUGCAGGCUGCGUAUACCCUGACUGGCUAUGGUAUGGUAGCUUCCAUGUGUGAAGAGGUGCAGAACCCCGAGCGCGAGGUCCCCAAAGCUAUCGUCUUGUCGGUCGUAGCCGCAGGUAUAACCGGUUUAUUUUACCUGAUCCCGAUCAUGUUCGUCCUGCCAUCCGUCAAAGAAUUGUUAGAUGUCGCCAGCGGCCAACCCAUCGGGCUUGUAUUUAAGACUGCUACCGGGUCAGCUGCGGGGGGAUUUGGAUUGCUUUUCUUGCUCCUGGGUAUUUUGAUGUUUGCUGGAAUUGGUGCCCUGACUGCGGCCAGUCGAUGCACAUAUGCCUUUGCCCGUGACGGUGCGAUUCCCGGAUUCCGAAUCUGGAGCAAGGUCAACAAGACUCUCGAUGUCCCCGUGUAUGCCAUUCUAUUGUCCGCUGUGGUGGACUGUCUCCUGGGAUUGAUUUAUUUCGGAUCGACUGCUGCCUUCAACUCCUUCACUGGAGUAGCUACUAUCUGCCUGUCGAUCUCGUACGGCCUGCCGAUUUUCAUCUCCCUCCUCCGUGGACGUCAAGCCGUGAAAAACUCCAGCUUCUCGUUGGGUAAAUUCGGAUACGCCAUCAACAUCAUGACCAUCUGCUGGAUCGUCCUCGCCGUGGUUCUCUUCUGCAUGCCCGUCUCGCUCCCGGUCGACGCAGAGUCGAUGAACUAUGCAAGUGUCGUAUUUGCUGGAUUUGCGGCCAUCAGCCUGGUGUGGUAUGUCAUCUAUGCACGCAAGAGCUUCACGGGACCACCGCUGGCCGGUGACGAUAACCCGGGGGAAUCCGGGGUGAUGACAGGCAAGGCGGUAAUAGAUGCUGAGAAUGCAUCUGCGACCGAGGGGACGAAGAAGGCUGAUUUAUAAAUGUUAUGAUCUCUUGUAUUUUAUAUCACGAUUGAAUUGUUCAUGUUUCAGUAUACCUAGUACUUCGAGUAUAAUCAUGUGAAAACUACCGGCACGUAUCACAGAACCAUUAGCUGUAGCUACACAAAUGCAAACAACUGUUUACCUG